AUGGAUACUUUAGUUAUCUGUGAACUUGAUGUUGGUCUAUGUCAGAAUGUUCGUGCCAGUUCUCUCGUAUUCCAGAUUCAGUGGACAAUAUCAGAAUUGAGAGAACGUUUUUACAAUGAAAAUAAUAUUUCUAGAGAGUCUGGACUUUUGGAACAAUCAUCAAUAAGACGAGAAAUACGAGGUGCGUUGUCUGACUUGUUUCAUUUUUUACGAUUUCCUCUUAUUCCACAACGCUUUCGUCAAUCUAUAAUUAAUUGGAUGACACAAUUGGCUGCCAUUUUACUUGACGUUCCUAAAAGUGAAGAUCAAUUCUUUUUAUUGGCUCAUAUUUUAAGAACUCCAUCUCCUUUGGAAAACUGGGCUGCUCCUUUGGUUCAAACUUUUUUGACAACCCCAACUCUUGAAUUAAAGAAACCAAUUGACAACUUUGUUGCUAUGCUUAACAUGUUAAUGCAACCAAUAAAGCAAGUUUUGUUUUUUUUAGUAAAUAUGAAUAUUUUUGUCUGGGGUUUCAGUCUCUUGUCAUAA